CCGACGCUUGCGCUGUACUGCUCUUUCUGUGAAAGCACAGUUCUUUCAGUCAUAAACUUUUGCUUUGUAAUAUUGUGUAUUUUCAAAGCAAUUUGUUAAAAUAUCUCUAUCUUGUGUGAAAUACGUUUUAAACCUCAGAUAUUAGAGUUAAUCAAACAGAAUUAAUCAUUAAUAGCAAUUUCCUGAAAGAAAUAUUAGAAUAGUUUUAUUUGUAUCGCUGCUUCAUGUUCCAUCAUGAGUGACUAUUCAGCGGUUGCUCCGCCUCAGAAUUUUAGUCAAAGCUCAGCAUUUGCGGCAGCUUUGCAACGUGCAAAACAAAUAGCUGCAAAGAUUAAUCCAGCUGGUGCUCAAAAUAAUCAAGAUACAAAGUUGAAACGUCCCCUUGAAGAUGGAUCAGAACCUGAAGCAAAAAAAAUGGCAUCACUGGUAUCAGACCCAUUAAUGGGACUUCGAGGCCCAGCAGGAAGUAAUGCAUUAGGGGAGUCAAUUAAUCCAACAGGACGAACAGGACAAGCAGGAUCUUCAGGAGGACCAAUUGGAAAUGUAGGAGGUAUUUGUAAUGAAGAUAUCAGAGUUCCAGAUAACAUGGUUGGACUGAUAAUUGGCAGAGGUGGAGAACAAAUAACAAGAUUGCAGAGUGAAACAGGAUGUAAAAUACAAAUGGCACCAGAAAGUGGUGGGCUACCUGAACGUCUUUGCACAUUAACUGGCUCACGAGAAGCUGUCAAUCGCGCAAAAGAGUUGGUAUUAUCAAUAGUAAAUCAAAGAAGUAGAACUGAAGGAAUUGGUGAUAUGGGUGGAAGCAGUGGAGGAUUAAUGAGUCAUUCAGGAUUUGUUGAAAUAAUGAUUCCUGGGCCAAAAGUUGGUUUAAUUAUUGGAAAAGGCGGAGAAACGAUAAAACAACUUCAAGAAAAAUCUGGAGCUAAGAUGGUUGUUAUUCAAGAAGGUCCUUCUCAAGAACAAGAAAAACCAUUAAGGAUAACUGGUGAUCCACAAAAGGUAGAAUAUGCUAAACAACUAGUAUAUGAAUUAAUAGCUGAAAAGGAAAUGCAGAUGUUUCAUAGAGGUGCAAGAGGAAAUGAUAGGAGUGGAAAUUAUUCAAAUGAUAGUAGUUUUAACCAUGGUUCUGGAACCACUGAUGGAGUGGAAGUACUUGUUCCAAGAGCAGCAGUAGGUGUUGUUAUUGGUAAAGGAGGAGAUAUGAUUAAAAAAAUACAGGCAGAGACUGGUGCAAGAGUUCAAUUUCAACAGGGACGGGAGGACGGCCCUGGGGACAGAAAAUGCAUAGUGUCUGGCAAACAUCAAGCUGUAGAACAAGUGCGUCAACGCAUUCAGGAACUUAUUGAUAGUGUAAUGAGAAGAGAUGAUGGUAGAAGUAAUAUAGGAGCAAGAAGUGGCCCAAGAGGCAAUGGAUUUGGCAAUAAUCGUAAUCCGAAUGAAUAUGGCGGAUGGGAUAGACGUCAAGGAGGACCUAUGCAAGAUAAAAUAGAAACAAUGUUCACUGUUCCAUCUUCGAAAUGUGGUAUUAUUAUAGGAAAAGGUGGUGAAACCAUUAAACAAAUAAAUCAGCAGACUGGAGCACAUUGUGAACUAGAUAGAAGAAAUCAAAGUAAUGAAAAUGAAAAAAUUUUCAUAAUUCGUGGAAACCCUGAACAAGUGGAGCAUGCAAAAAGAAUAUUUAGCGAAAAGUUAGGCAUGGCUCCAGCUAAUACGUCAUUUACUGGUACACAAGGAGCAAUUGGAUAUAAUCCAACUUGGAAUGCUGGAACAGCUUACCAAGCCUGGCCAAACCAACCUCAAACUACUGAUACAAGUACAGCAAGUCAAGCUCCGGUUCAAGUAAAUCCACAAACAGGACAACCAGAUUAUAGUGCACAAUGGGCAGAAUAUUAUCGAUCAUUAGGUAUGCAUAGAGAAGCAGAUAUGAUUGAACAACAAGCAAAACAAGGAAAACAAGAUCAUAAUCAACAGUCAGGAAAUACACAAAACCAAACUAAUACAUCAACAGCUAAUACUGCUGGUCCAGCACAACAACAGCAACCACAAACACAACAGCAACAGCAACAACAACAAACUGGAGCUACACAGAAUGGAGGUCAGGCUGAUUAUAGUGCACAAUGGGCAGAAUAUUAUAGAAGUAUUGGUAAAAUAAAAGAAGCAGAAGCUAUAGAAGCUCAAAUGAAAGCAGGGAAGUUGGGAAUGCAAAACAAUCAAAUGGCUCAAAAUAUGCAACAAAGUAUGCAAGGUCAAUCUGGUCCAGCGAGUGGGACUCCUAAUGCAUUUCCACAAGCUUACGGCAGUUAUCCAACAAUAAACGCUAGUUCAACUCCAACGGGUUAUUAUGCAGCGGGAGCUGGAGCUACCACACAGCCACAAACUGGUCAACAGAAUCCGUCUUUUCCAACGGGCUAUCAAAACUAUCCUUACUCACAAACAAAUACAGAAAGUUAAACUUCCAUCAGGAAAAAUAUUAGCUAUUUUUGGAGCAGCCAAUUGUAGGAAUGUUUACCUGUUCUACGAUAAAUUUCAUCAGGGGAUCUACUAUUUUAAGACUUUCAUUCAGCAUUCUGUGUGUUUAUAUUCAAAGGAAUCAGGACCUGCUAAACCAGAGAAUAAUGGAUGGCAUAUCAAAUUACAUACAUUAUUUGUUAUAUAUAACUUAUAGAAUAUGUCUUAUAUAUUAUUUACUAAUUUUCACAAAUAUAUUAAUUAUAAUAGACAAUUCUACUAGUCAUAUGUAAAACUAAGUUUCAAAUCAUGUAAAUUUUAUCAAAAUUGAAUUUAUAAAUUUUUGUCAUCUACAAUAUUCAGAUAUUUUUUCUACGUAUUUAUAUUAUGUUAAGCAUACUUGUAAACAUGACUGGCAUUUUUUUUUUUUUUUUUUUUUUUUUUGUUAUAUAUUUAUUGUUUCUUCAUAUAUGAUAUUUUAUUUCCAAAAACAAACUAAUUGUAUAACUGAAUUUCAAAUGAGUAAUGUAAGAAUGUUAUGUGUAUACUUAUUGUUUCAUUUUUUACUUAUAAAUUGCAUAAAAAUUUUGAUACGUAGUAUUGGAUGUGUACUAGAUACAAUUUCAAACAGAACUUGUUAUUUACAUUUUUUUAAUGUUGUGAUUUACGCUUGCAAUGAUAAAAGAAAGUAUUCAAUUUUAUUAAAAAGUAAAUGACAAUUAUUAUUAUAUAUGUAUUGAUACACAUAUACAUAAUAAAAUUAUUUUUUUUACCCAUACAUAUUUUUAUGUAUUUUAUAAAUACAUUAUUUUCUUGUACGUAUCAAACAUAUUUAAUUUUUCAGGAUCAAAACUUUAUUUGUUUUGUAUGCUUGUAUUUGUUGGUAAUAUUAUAUUAUACUUAAAUAUAGCUUAUUUGUAUGAUUGAAUAUCUAUAUGUACAAAUAUAUUUAAACAUAGCCCAAAAAAGCAUGAUGGAAAGAAAACUUUGUAUAAAUGUACUCUUAUUAAAUUACAAUCUCUACAUCUAGGUAGUGUAAAUAUAAUAAUGACCAAAG